AUGACCGACGACAAAAUUGCCAGCACAUCCGCCAAGACCGGCUCCUCGAUCCAGCUGGCACACCGCAAUGAUCGUACCUUCCUCAUGUCCGUGGUCCAGGCGCUGGUACGACUAAUGCGAGCGCGCAUCAGCAAUCGUCAAGCGAACCAUGAGGACGGCUCCAUCAAACUAAAACCGAACAAAUCGAACCUUUCCCAAUGUACUCUCCGCGAACGAACCGUAGGCGAUAUUCACAUAUACGACGUUAUACCACCGAACCAAGCAGAGAAAAGGUCAAAGAAACGGAUAUACUAUUUCGCUGGCGGUAGUUGGCAAGAACCACCCUCGCCUCAACACUACAAGAUAUGCGCGAAGCUAGCCAAAGACAUGUCCAACACUUCCAUAUCGAUCGUAUCUUCGCCGCUAGCCCCGAACGACCCCGCGCCAAAAUCCUUUCCUGUAUGCCAAAACACAUAUCGCGCUUUAAUGGCUGAGGCAGAAGAAGCUGGGGAAAAGGUUAUAUUGGCAGGUGACUCGUCGGGUGCCAACAUUGCGUUGUGUCUGGUACUGGAGGCUCUUCGGGAAGAUAGUGAGCAAGAGGGCGUAGAGAUUAAGCAAAAACCACAUCCCGUUGCCAUCAUGAACGUAUGCCCGUCGACUGACCUUACGCGCACCAAUCCCGAUAUCGACAAGGUCGCACCUCGAGACCCUCUGCUCACACCCAAGAUAAUCAGGUUGACAGCGAAAGCAUGGCAAGGUGACUGGGACCCUGCCGACCGCCGUAUCUCCCCGAUCAACGCCGAUGUCUCACUACUUGCGAAGAAGGGCAUCAAGGUGCAUGGUAUAACUGCUGGGUGCGAUGUACUGAGCCCCGACGGUGUCAUCUUCCGCAACAAGUGUGCCGAAGCAGGCGUUGCUGGCGAGUGGGUUCAUUGGGAAAAUCAAAUGCAUUGCUUCGUCCUCACCAUGCCGUAUGGGCUUGUCGAAGCAAAAGACGCCAUCCAGUGGAUCAUUGAUGUACUGAAGAAGGAAUGA